ACAGUGACGGGAAAGGGAGGAGGGAGAGAGGAAGUAGAGGCCAGUCGCUCAGGGAGACAGCAGCUGGAGCUGCAAAAAGCACAGCAUCAGCAUCAGCCCCCGCCCUCCCCUCCCUCCUCGCCCUCCCUCUCCUCCUCCUCCUUCUCCCACUCCUGUUCUUCUCCCCUUCAUCUCUCCUCUUCUCCUCUCUUCUCUCCACCCCUCACUGGCCCCGCGACCCGGAAAGAUGGCAGCCGAGGGGCUGCACGAGAACGAGACCCUGGCAUCUCUGAAGAGCGAGGCCGAGAGCCUGAAGAGCAAAUUGGAGGAGGAGCGGGCGAAGCUGCACGAUGUGGAGCUGCAUCAGGUAGCUGAACGGGUGGAGGCUCUGGGUCAGUUUGUGAUGAAGACAAGAAGAACCCUCAAGGGCCAUGGGAACAAAGUCCUCUGCAUGGACUGGUGCAAAGAUAAAAGGAGAAUUGUGAGCUCUUCUCAGGAUGGAAAGGUGAUAGUGUGGGACUCCUUUACAACUAAUAAGGAACAUGCAGUGACUAUGCCCUGUACCUGGGUGAUGGCAUGUGCCUAUGCCCCAUCAGGAUGUGCUAUCGCUUGUGGCGGCUUGGACAAUAAGUGUUCUGUGUAUCCCCUGACUUUUGACAAAAAUGAAAAUAUGGCUGCCAAAAAGAAGUCUGUCGCAAUGCAUACCAACUACCUUUCAGCCUGCGGCUUCACCAACUCGGAUAUGCAGAUCUUGACUGCGAGUGGGGAUGGGACCUGUGCCCUGUGGGAUGUGGAGAGUGGGCAGCUUCUCCAGAGCUUUCAUGGACAUGGAGCUGAUGUUCUCUGCCUGGAUUUGGCACCUUCAGAAACAGGAAACACCUUUGUAUCUGGGGGAUGUGACAAAAAAGCCAUGGUUUGGGAUAUGCGCUCUGGCCAGUGCAUCCAGUCAUUUGAAACACAUGAAUCUGAUAUCAACAGUGUCAGAUAUUAUCCCAGUGGAGAUGCCUUUGCUUCUGGUUCAGAUGAUGCUACGUGUCGCCUAUAUGACCUCCGUGCUGACAGGGAGGUGGCAAUUUAUUCCAAAGAGAGUAUUAUAUUUGGAGCAUCCAGUGUGGAUUUCUCACUCAGUGGUCGCUUGCUGUUUGCUGGUUACAAUGAUUAUACCAUCAAUGUCUGGGAUGUAUUGAAAGGAUCAAGAGUAUCCAUCCUGUUUGGACAUGAAAAUAGAGUUAGCACCCUACGUGUUUCCCCUGAUGGAACUGCUUUCUGCUCAGGAUCAUGGGACCAUACCCUGAGAGUCUGGGCUUAAUCUGUAAUAUGUCUCCUAACAAUGUGAGCUAAUAUAGUGGAUAAGCUAUGGAAUAUAAUUUGAAAUACCUGCUGAGGAAACAUUUUGGUAGUUGAAACCUGUCAAAUGUCUCUUUAUGCCAUCUAAUAUUGCUACUUAAAAUCUGUCUACUAUAGAUUAUAAGCCUUUACUGCUUUGAUCAUCUUAAAGUAUAAUGCUUUCAACUCUUGAUUUUAGCUACCUUUAAUUAGAAAUUAUUUAGGCAACUGUAAAUUAAGCUUUUCUCUGAAAGUAUCCUAAGACCAAAUUUAUUAUUUAGCAUAUCUUAUAUAAUUUGCACUAACUUAAUUCAUUUUAGAACAAUUUUUUAAAAAUCUGCUACUGAUUGUAUCUGGAUACAGCUUGACUCUUGAAAGCUUCCUGUGAAAAUUAUGGAUUUUAGAUAAUGAGUUAGAAAGAAAACAUUUUGGGUGGUUUGUGAUGCAGUGUCAUUGGAAGUUUAUCCUAAAAUGACCAUAUGGUAUCAGUUAUAAAGAAAAAAGUCUAGUGAUGAGGUCCUUCUUAUCAUUAAGAAUGGCCAAAGAAUCCUUUCCAUCUUUCUAAUUAUCUUUUUAUAAGAAACAGUUUUUACUAGUGUGAAAUGAAUUUAAUAAAACACGGACAUGUAUUGGGAGGUAUGUGACCUUCAUUUGAGGUCCCUGCCUCUACUUUCCCUUCUCCCCUUCUAUGAGGGAUUGGAGAAAACCUGAAGGCCCCUUUUCCAAAGUCUCCUGUGGAUCUGUUUGCAAGGAAAUAGAUUAGCUCAUGAGAAUUUUCAUCUAGGGCAAGAGUACUGGUUCCACACAAUUUCUCUUCCUUUCGGAGUGAAAAAGCUUAAGAAUACAUAUUAUUAAUAAACUUCAUAAAGCUCUAAGCCCCUAGGCAGUCCCCAGGCUGAAAAUGAAGUAUUCCAAGCAGCUGAAUUUGAUGUAGUCACUUAUCUCCCAGGCUUGCAUUCAUCCCUUAUCACACUUUCUAUAUAGAAAAACACCAACUCUGGACACAAUUAAAAAUAUUUUCUCUAGAAAUCCAUCAUUAAAAAUACAAAUAACUAGUCAGCAAAAUUUUAAGUAGAACAAAAAAAACCUAGUAAUAAACCAUGCAUGUCCAUAAAAGUGACAGAAGAAACAGAGAGGAAUAAGACUACAAUUGUUCCAUGAGUUUCUUCAUAUAGCUGUCAUUCAUACACUCCCUGCUAAAUUCUCUUAAUCUGACCAAACAAACCAGGAAAAGAUAGAGGCUCCAGCUAAAAGUCUUAGAGUUGAUCUUGGCAUCCUUCAUCUAUUGCUGCUACAGCCACUGCUCAUUCUCUACUGUGAUUAUUAUCUCCAACUCUGCAUCUCUCUCCAGAGAGAUCUAAAAGCUAUGUCCACAUCAGAAAAACUCUACCCUCUAGUUCAGAUCAUGAGAUAGCUUCUUCUCUUCUCCACCUUGGGAGAACUACAAUUCCUGGAUCUUUAGGAAGGAUGCCAAUCCAAACCUCAUCCGAAUGACUAUUAAACAUGAGUUAGGUGA